UGGUGCGUGCAUUGCAGCUAAAGAGAAGCAAUGGUGGACUCCCGGAACAUUGAGACUCAAAACCAGCCGCUAAUUAGCAUGGAGUCGGACCCACCAUUUCACGAAGCCUACAAGCGCCUCUUCGACAAAACCAUCGAAACUGGUGACGGCGCCAAAGAUAACGAGCUUGUCAUCGUCGAGGAAUGCGAGCUUCCGUUGAUCGACGUCGGCCGUUUAGGGCUUGGCGAAGCGGAGAUCAGGGAGGAGUGCAAGGAAGAGAUAGCUAGGGCUUCGCGAGAGUGGGGUUUUUUCCAGGUUGUGAACCAUGGAAUUUCCCGUGAGAUUUUGGAGAAGAUGAGGUUCCAGCAGGAGAGGGUGUUUAAGCAACCCUUUGAGAAGAAGAGCAAAGAGUACAAGUACUUGAACUUUUCAGCCGGUAGCUACCGUUGGGGCACCCCUUCCGCCACAUGCUUGGGGCAGUUAUCAUGGUCUGAAGCUUUCCACAUUCCUUUGAUCGAUAUUUUGCCUUCAGCCGGCUUCGACAGUCUCAGCACAACAAUGGAACAGUUCGCCGCAACAGUUUCCAGUCUGGCACAAAACUUGGCUCAGAUUUUGGCUGAGAAAAUGGGCCACAGCUCAACUUUCUUCCAACAAAAUUGCUUGCCAAGCACUUGCUAUCUUCGAAUGAACCGAUACCCACCCUGCCCUAUCCCUUCAGAGGUAUUUGGCCUCAUUCCACACACCGACAGUGACUUCCUCACCAUUUUGCAUCAAGAUCAGGUUGGUGGUCUCCAAUUGGUGAAAGAUGGGAGAUGGAUUGCUGUUAAGCCUAAUCCCGAGGCUCUUAUUAUCAACAUUGGUGACUUGUUUCAGGCGUGGAGCAAUGACGUGUACAAGAGCGUAGAACACCGGGUUGUCCCGAAUCCUCUACUGGAAAGGUUCUCCACGGCAUAUUUCUUAUGUCCUUCAUAUGACACAGUGAUACAGACCUCCCGUGAGCCUUCAGUGUAUAGAAAAUUCAGCUUUAUGGAAUACAGGCAGCAGGUGCAAGCGGAUGUUCAAAAAUUGGGUUUUAAAAUAGGGCUUCCUAGGUUUCUUGUGUAA